AUGUUCAAAUCAAAGAAGUCGCGCCCACCAGAAUGCGUGGUGCCCAAGAGCAUCGGCGUAGUUCUUCGUAUAUCGCAGGCUUUCGGCGUCGCCCCGGUCCGGCUUACAGUAAAGCCGGAUGGGUAUGUCGUACAGUUCUCGCCAAGUGUUUCUCUGUAUGGAUAUGCUAUCAUUAUUACAUUCUCUCUCACUUCAGUAAUAGCCUUGGGGUUUGAUUUGUCUGUCCCCCUGGGACAAUCAGUGCGCAUGCGCUCGGAGACGAGGCGAGUGGUGUGGGUGGUAGACUUGGCCAUCGUGACGAUUCUGGGUAUAGUGGGAGGGUAUCAGGCGCCUGCGCAUAUGAAAAGUCUGAUUGACAUCGUCAACAGGGUGCAAAAGAUAAGCUCUGAACUAAAAGUGUCCGUCAAGAGCCCGAAGACUUCAGACAAUCGACAGUAUCGUUACGUGAUUAUAGCCUUGAUAAUCCUUUUCACGAUAAUGAUCUUCGACUGUUUCAACAUUAUUUAUAUCACCUUGACUAAAGAACAUCGAGUGUGGGUCGCCGCUAUGUACUCCUGCUAUUACUGCAGCUACAUCAUCACGCAGCUUCUGGAGAUACAGUUCAUACUGUUAGCGGCUUACAUCCUCUCCGCUUUAAAGCUUAUCAAUUCCAGGCUAAGAAAUUUACAGAAGAAGUAUAAUCAUUAUUUUUUCUCACCAGCGAAGGGAGAAGACGCACAAACCAUUCGCCAUCUCUCUCUCUCGUACGGCGCUGUGUGCGAGAUAAUAAAAGAGAUGAACAAAAGUUACAGCACCGUGCUUCUGUUACUUAUCGGAUCUUUUCUUCUGCACCUGAUCGUCACUCUGUACUACAUUAUUACCAACAUAUUCUUUAAAGACAUAGAAUAUUGCAUGUUUGAGAAGAUCAUCACACCGAUACUGCAGGUAGUGUGGUGUGCGUUCCACACUUGGGACUUGGUAAUGGUCGUCGAACCAUGCCAUAGGACACAUGAAGAAAUGGAAAGAACGAAGGAGCUGAUAAGCCAGUUCAUGUGCACACUAACGCUGAAAGUGAGCGACCCGAUGCAGGUGGAGUUGGAGUUGUUCUGCAGGCGCCUCAUGUUCAGCCAGGUGAAGUACUCGCCGCACCAAGUCUGCACACUUACAAGAUCUUUGAUCGCCACGGUCCUGGGAAGCAUAACGACAUAUUUAGUCGUUAUAAUCCAACUGUAA